AGUGAACGUACACCAUCUGAAAAUUCCAAAAUGGACGCUAUUGUCAUGUCAAACGAAAAUAUAUUUUGACGUAUUUCAACAUAAUAUUAUUUCAUCGGAGAAAAAAACAAACUAAAAGCCUUCGUCCAAACAAAACUCGACGACUGUACAAGUUGAAUCGGAAAUGUUUCGCAUUGGCAUCAAAAUGGGGCCAGCCAGAAAUAAAGAGUGGACGUGUAUGUUCGGCAUGCAUGUCCGUACGGCAACAAUAAUAAUCGGCCUAUGGCAUCUGUUGUUAAAUGUAAUGGUGCUGGGUCUGCUGGCCGUUAUCAUACGGAAUCCGGAAAUGAUUCGCAACCUUGAGCACGGUGGAUUUGAUGAUUCUGUGGAUAUGGAAGCGCCAAUUUUGCCCACUCCAUUGAGCAAAAUUGACCCACCAUAUGCUUAUCGAGAUCAUUCCUUGAACUAUCACAACAUUGAUAUGGGUGGUUUGGUGUGUGUUUGCAUGAUAGGAAUAACAUUGCUGAUGAUCUACGGUGCAGUGAAGGGGAAACCAUCUCAUUUGCUGCCCUAUUUCUGUGUCCAGCUGUUCGAUUUUGCCAUCACAACACUAACCGCCGCCGGCUACCUGUGCUACCUACGCUCCGUUCACCGUUUAAUCCACGAAAGUCAUCGCUUACCAUGGCGAGAGGAAUUGCUAAAAAUGAGUCCGCAAAUGCUGAGCAUUGUCGUGCUACUGGCAUUCGUUUGCGUUGUUAUGUUUAAGGCCUAUAUCAUCGGCAUUGUCUGGCGCUGCUACAAAUAUUUGGCGAUGCGACAGCACAAUCUACGAUCGAUGCUACCGUACAUAAUACCAGAUGUGUCGACUCGUCAGGAAAGAGACUACACCACACUGUUACCUGAUUAUGAUGAGGCCAUUGCACAGAGCUUGAAACAACAACCGCCUCCAUCAUAUCAAGUGGCAAUGGCUGGCACAACUCAAUUGCCGGCUAACAAUAAUUCCGUUCCAGAAACAGUUGCAGCGAUUCCUAGUGGUGCUACCGCCACAGGAACAACGGGAUCGAAUGCGAUCAGCACUUCGGCCGAAGCAGCUAAUAAUAAUAAUCGUUCAGCAAUACAGGAUGUUUAAAUUGAUUAGCACAAAGAGAAUGAGAGAGAGAGAGAGGGAGAGAAAAGCAACCAUAAACGCAAAAGGUACUAAAUAAAAAUAGUAUUAUUCCAAAAAAAAAGAGAAGAGAAAUUAGUGAAAUAGCGAAAAUUAAACUAAAUUAAUCCUAACCAGUCGGUAAAUAUAAAAAACAAAAAAUUCAAAAUAAACGAAAUAUUCUGGGGCUAAAAAGAAAUUAUUUUU